AUGGAUCGAAUUUUGGGCUUAUUUCAAUCCUGUGGUGAAGUUCUGAGUUUAGUAAUACAACUGCUUUCUGUAGAUAUUGAUCUUUCAGCUGGUCGACCUGGAGAUCAAUCCAUCCAUCGAGUGUUUGUUGACCCUGGUGGGAGCCAUUGCAUUGCCACCAUAGUUGGUCCUGGAGGUGCUGAUACAUUUUAUACACAUGCAAAGUGGACCAGACCUCGUCUACUAAGCAAAUUGAAAGGUCUUAUUGUAAAUGCUGUUGCUUGGAAUAGACAAUUGAUAACAGAAGCUUCCACUAGGGAAGUCAUUCUAGGUACAGAUAAUGGGCAGCUUCAUGAAAUUGCAGUAGAUGAGAAAGAUAAAAGGGAGAAGUAUAUUAAGUUUUUGUUUGAACUAAAAGAGCUUCCUGAGGCUUUCACCGGCUUGCAGAUGGAAACAGCCAAUGUAAUUAAUGGAACUAGAUACUAUGUCAUGGCUGUUACACCUACGAGGCUUUAUUCUUAUACAGGAAUCGGUUCAUUAGAGUCUGUGUUUGCUAGCUAUGUGGAUCGAACCGUUCAUUUCACGGAGUUGCCUGGUGACAUUGCAAACAGUGAACUUCACUUUUUUAUAAACCAAAGGAGAGCUGUUUACUUCGCAUGGCUUUCCGGAGCCGGAAUCUAUCAUGGUGGUUUAAAUUUUGGUGCGCAACAUAGUUCACCUGAUGGGGAUCAAAAUUUUGUGGAGAAUAAGGCUCUUUUGAGCUAUUCAAGAUUAGGUGAAGGAACUGAAGCUGUCAAGCCUAGUUCUAUGGCUGUGUCUGAAUUUCAUUUUCUUCUUCUGAUUGGAAACAAAGUCAAGGUUGUCAAUAGAAUUAGUGAGCAGAUAGUGGAGGAACUUUAUUUUGAUCAAGCAUCUGAUGCAGCUUCAAGGGGUAUAAUUGGAUUAUGCAGUGAUGCAUCUGCUGGACUGUUCUAUGCAUAUGACCAGAACUCCAUUUUUCAGGUAUCUGUGAAUGAUGAGGGGCGAGACAUGUGGAAGGUGUACUUAGACUUAAAGGAAUAUGCUGCAGCUUUGGCAAAUUGUCGUGAUGCACUCCAGAAAGACCAAGUUUAUUUAGUGCAGGCUGAAGCUGCCUUUUCCGCUAAGGACUUUCUCAGAGCAGCAUCUUUCUACGCGAAGAUUAAUUAUGUAUUGUCGUUUGAAGAGAUCAGUUUGAAGUUUAUUAGCAUGGGAGAGCAGGAUGCUUUGAGGACUUUUCUACUGCGCAAGCUUGAUAAUCUUGCCAAGGAUGACACAUGCCAAAUAACUAUGAUUUCAACUUGGAUUACCGAAUUAUACUUAGACAAGAUAAAUAGAGUACUUUUGGAGGAUGAAGGUGCUUCUGAAAAAGGUGCUUUAGAGUACCAAUUAAUUAUUAAGGAGUUUCGUGCUUUUCUAAGUGACUCCAAGGAUGUAUUAGACGAGGCAACCACGAUGAAGCUAUUGAAAAGCUAUGGUAGAGUUGAUGAAUUGGUAUUCUUUGCUAAUCUGAAGGAGCAACAUGAGAUUGUGGUUCAUCAUUACAUCCAGCAAGGAGAAUCAAAGAAAGCACUACAAGUUCUUCAGAAACCUAAUGUUCCUAUAGACCUCCAGUACAAGUUUGCUCCAGACCUCAUUAUGCUUGAUGCAUAUGAAACUGUCGAAUCAUGGAUGACCACUAAAGACCUGAACCCCAGAAAGCUGAUUCCUGCCAUGAUGCGAUAUUCAAGUGAACCUCAUGCUAAGAAUGAAACACAUGAAGUGAUCAAAUAUUUGGAGUAUUCCGUUCACCGUUUGCAGAAUGAGGACCCUGGUGUUCACAAUUUGUUACUCUCUCUGUAUGCCAAGCAGGAGGAUGAGAGUUCUCUUCUGCGUUUUCUACAGUGUAAGUUUGGUAAAGGACGAUCAAGUGGCCCUGAAUUUUUUUAUGAUCCCAAGUAUGCGUUGCGCCUUUGUCUUAAGGAAAAGAGAAUGCGUGCAUGUGUUCACAUAUAUAGCAUGAUGUCCAUGCAUGAAGAAGCGGUUGCUCUCGCACUGCAGGUUGAUCCAGAGCUAGCUAUGGCUGAAGCUGACAAAGUUGAAGAUGAUGAAGAGUUAAGGAAGAAACUAUGGCUUAUGGUGGCCAAGCAUGUCAUAGAGCAGGAAAAGGGAACAAAAAGGGAAAAUAUUCGGAAGGCAAUAGCUUUUCUCAAAGAGACGGACGGACUAUUAAAGAUAGAGGACAUCUUACCCUUUUUCCCAGACUUUGCUUUGAUUGAUGACUUCAAGGAGGCAAUAUGCUCAUCCUUGGAGGACUACAAUGAACAAAUUGAAAAUUUGAAGCAGGAGAUGAAUGAUGCAACUCAUGGUGCUGAUAAUAUACGGAAUGAUAUAAGUGCACUUGCUCAACGGUAUGCAGUCAUAGAUCGUGAUGAGGAAUGUGGGGUUUGCAGAAAGAAAAUCUUGAAUGUAGGUCGGGACUAUCAGAUGUCUUGGGGUUACACAUCAGCUGGAUCUAUGGCCCCUUUCUAUGUCUUUCCUUGUGGACAUGCAUUUCAUGCUCAGUGCUUGAUUACUCAUGUGACUGGUUGCACUAGUCAAAUGCAAGCGGAAUAUAUAUUGGAUCUGCAAAAGCGACUUACAUUACUAAGUAAUGAACCCCGGAAGGACUCAAGUGGUGGAUUGUCCGAAGAGGAACCAUUAACAAGCAUGACUCCUUUAGAAAAGAUCCGAUCACAACUGGAUGAUGCUAUAGCCAGUGAAUGCCCAUUUUGUGGUGACCUAAUGAUCCGGGAGAUAUCUUUGCCUUUCAUUCUUCCUGAGGAGGCAGAUGUAGCAGCAUCAUGGGAGAUCAAACCGCAUAAUCCUGGAAUGCAGAAGAGUCUUUCCCUACCAGCAUAUUAGGUUGUACAUACGAGCGUCUAUAGGCAAGCGUGUAUUGUGUAACUGUAGUUUGUGAUUGUGUACCACCUGAUGAUUCACCACUCCAUCUUUACUACUGAUGACACUUUUGCAAUCUCUUCUAUAUCAAGAUCCAGUUUUGAUCAAGGUAUCGUUGACAUUCUUUGAAA